UCACUCUUUCCGCUAGCCACAGCAUUCAUUGCAUCGCUACCCAGGCUUCCCGUGCCAUUACCCACAAGCACUGGCGUAGUCAUAUCAACAACCUACGUAACAACAAUCAAUAAGGUCAGCUUCCUCGGCCCAUUGCGACUGGCUCGCCGACUCGCCUAUCUUGCGCAAGGCCACAGGGUGCCAAAAGGAGGAAAGGCUUAGGGUAUCCUCUGCGACAAGACAAUUGCAACAGCUAGACAUGUCAAGAGCAAGAUUACACAUGCUGGGCUUAGGGUCCAUCGGGACUCUUCUGUCUCAUCACAUUCGCUUGUCCAGACCUUCUCUCGAUAUGACGCUUCUUGUCCGCGAACCCUCCCGCUGGGCGAACCUCUGCGUCUCCCGCGACGGCAUCGCAGCGACAUCCGAGUCAUUCGACUACGAGUCCACAUCCGCCCCUCGCCGGGAUGCAAUAUCUUCCUUGGUGAUCACCUUGAAGACUUGUCAGACUUCGGAUGCUGUCGCACCUCUAGUAUCACGAUUGUCCCGAGGCUCGGUGAUUAGCCUUUUCCAGAAUGGCAUGGGAGUGUACGACGAGCUGUGCUCUCGUUUCUGGCCGGAUGAAGGAUCAAGACCACACUUUGUCUUAGGUACGACUACACAUGGGGCAUCUCCCCAUGGCUCAAGCAAAGGGGAGGUGCUUCAUCAUACCCCCCUCGGAGCUGGGGACAUCAAAUGGGGAGUUGUGCCAAAUCAAAGGUACGAGGGCACCCCUUGGGAUAUGUCCCAAGGCGACAGUCAAUCCCUGCAUCAAAGAUCGAUAUGCCCCUCCGAGCCAGCCUUCAAAAACCUUGAAGACACAUUACAAGCUCUUUUGUCAGUAUCCGACUUGAAUCCUUCUCUCCUACCCUAUCGCUCCCUGCAUCAGUCGCUGCUGCUGAAACUUGCGGUCAAUUGCGCGGUCAAUCCUCUCUCUGCCAUUGUGGGAAGGGGAAGCCUCACUAAUAGCGCGCUUAUGAGUAUCAAGCCACAUGGACCGAAACUCUUGGAAAUGGUGAAUAGAGAGACUUCGCGCGUGCUUGAAGCGUUGAAGGAGUUGCGCGGGCAUACGGAAGAAACUUUACACUUGUUUUCCUAUCAGAAUAUCCGAGAGAUUGUUGAGGGUGUGAUUCGAGCUACGGAAGGAAACACCUGCUCCAUGGCAGAAGACGUCCGGGCGAAGCGGCCGACGGAGAUUGACUACAUCAAUGGGUAUCUCGCCAAGCUGGGUGAUGAGCUCGGGAUCGACACACCUGCGAAUGACAUGUUGGUCGAUAUGGUAAAGAUGGUAGAAAUGAGUUAUACUGAAUGAUGUACUGAGACGUGCCAAGCAUACAUGCUUCUCUGCCUGUCUCUGAGAUCUCUGACAGUCACCUGCACCAAACGCCGCCGGUGACUGUUCUCUGAUGGUGCCUUAUGGAAGGCGGGGGUGGCCGCUCCAAUCAAAAGCUAAACCGAGAUGGUCCGAGAUGAGCCAAUCAAGUCGCGGUUCGUUAUCACCUAUGCGGCUGAUUAGCAGCCUAUUUUUGGGACAAGCGAGCCAUCGUACAUAUGCGCCAGCCGAUGCAGCCA